CAAAUUAUCAGUUGAAAAUGGUUAGAGUGUAAUCAAGUUCUCAUUUAGUGAGCGUUACCACGCUCGUACAAACUUUUCAAAAACUUGUGUCUUUGUAAGUGUUAUUACUGAAUUAAAAAAACGUUGCUAAAACGUGCAUUGAUAAUCUCUUAUUCAAUCAUAUGGUAUCUCAUAGGUUAUAAUUAUCCGCCAUUUUUUAAUUUAUUUUACACCUUUUAUACACUCUUUUCUCAUCAUAACCAUUCUCUUGAUAUCUCCAAGUGUGUGGUGGCAUUCUAGGAUUCGGAAUACGUGUGUGAGUGCGUGCUAAGUAUAUUUUAGUGGGGGAUUUUCAGGGAACGUGGAAGGUAAAAACAUGGCAACCUUCUGAUGACGUUCCUCACCUUCACGGCAGGUUGUUGAUCACGGAAUAAUUACUGUUUUCACUAUCAUACACGUUAUUGUUUUUUUUUUAUUAUUAUUUUUUAAUUCAUUGUUCUAACGAAAUUCUUUCUUUUACUUGAUAUUAUCCACCUUUUUACCAAGAUAAACACUUUAAAACAGAUAUAAUUUUAGAAAAAUUUAAUUGUUUAAACAAUAAACAAUAUUGUCGUCAUAAUGAUGAACAUGUGGAAAGUGCGGGAGCUUAUGGACAAGGCGACUAAUGUCGUCAUGAAUUAUACUGAGACCGAAGCUAAAGUUCGAGAAGCAACGAAUGACGAUGCUUGGGGUCCUACAGGUGCUAUGAUGCAAGAACUUGCACAAGCGACAUUUACGUAUGAACAAUUUCCAGAAGUUAUGUCCAUGUUGUGGAAACGAAUGUUGCAAGAGAAUAAACGUAAUUGGCGUAGAACAUACAAGAGUUUGCUUCUGCUUAAUUAUUUGGUGCGGAAUGGUUCUGAAAGAGUAGUAACAUCAUCUCGGGAACAUAUUUAUGACUUAAGAUCACUAGAGAAUUACACUUAUAUCGAUGAAAUUGGCAAAGAUCAGGGAAUAAAUGUUCGACAUAAAGUACGAGAGCUAAUUGAUUUUAUUCAAGAUGAUGAUAAAUUACGUGAAGAAAGGAAAAAGGCAAAGAAAAAUAAAGACAAAUAUGUUGGAAUGUCAAGUGAAGCAAUAGGAAUGAAUUUUUCAACUGAUCGUUGGUCAGAUAAUCCAAAAUGGACUACAAAACCAACGGAAAAUUACAACGAUUGGGAUCGAGAAUCGAGAACUCGAGGUUUCGAGGAUACUAAUAAUAGUGAUGAUGGCGAACGAGAAGAUUCUGAUAACGAAGACAAUAAAUCACCGAAAAAGUUUGAUAAAGAUAUUCGAGAAUCAAUUGAUACUCUAGACAAACUAAAAAAAUUUACGGUAAUGACGGGGAGUAAUUCGCCACAAAAAUCGAUAAAAAAUGUCAAAAAAGUUGAUUUAGGUGCUGCUGCCAAUUAUGGUAAAGACUUGUCAGGUUCAACUAAACAAGCAUCAGGGGUACUAACUUCCAAAAAUGAUCUUUUAAAUGAUAUAUUUGAUGCUAAUGAUGACAACUCUAGAGUGAUUAUUGAUAAUGAUGAUGAUUUUAAUCCUCGUGACACGAAUCCAUUCCCACAAACUGACAACCUAAAUUCGAAUUUUGGAGAUUUUUCGUCAGCAUUUGGUGGAAAAAAUAAUAAAAAUAAUAGUAGCAAUGAUGAAUUUGCUGAUUUUACGUCUGCUUUCAAUUCCGAGUUGACGAUAAGCAAUGAUAAUAACUGGGUUACGUCGCAGACAACAGCUAUUUCCGGUAAUCUAAUGGGAAAUCAGGGGAAUUUUGGUGGUAUUAUUAAUCCAAUUCAAACAACAACGAUCACCGGAAAUGACUUGAUGGGCAAUAAUACAUUAAUUGGGAACCAAACCGUUAAAAAUAACAACAAUACAACAACUGAUUUACUAACUGACUUUGAUGGAUUUAAUGCGUUUAAUGCCAGUUCUCAAGCUAAUAAUGCAAAUCUUUUCAACUCUAACAAUAAUAUAGUUACUGAUAGAACGACCGGAACUACCACUGGAACUACAACGCAGAUUGGCUCGACAUGGGCGGGAGCAGGAUUGAAAAUUGAUUUGGAUAAUUUGAUGGGAAGUAAAAAUAAACAAUCAGGUCCAGCGCCAUCAAUGAAUCAGCUGGCAUCAACUAGCCCACAACAUCAACCACGAAUAAUUGCUCCAACAAUGAAAAUGCAACCAAUGGCAGCUCAACAAACCAGUCAAAAUAUCUUUUCGCCAUUUCAAUGAAAUACAGAAUGAUAAAUAAAUAAUCCUAAUUAUCGAAUGUAUAAAACUUAUUCUCCAUAUUGAGAGCAUUUUUUAAUUUUU